AUGCUGCUAUAUAGAAUCGCCUCAAUAAGUGGGAAAUCAUAUCAUGCUGAAGAGAAAGAAAGGGUCUUCAAUGCUGUGACCAACAUCACCCAAUCCACAUCCUCAAAACGACCAGGGCAUAUUAUUGGGAAUGUUUUUCUUUGCAUCCAAGCUGAAAAGAAACUGGGUUCAUACCAUUCAGAUAAUUCUGUCACCAAGCAGCAAGCUCACAUUUCAAAAUUGGCUAAGUCUCUUCCUCCUCUUGGCAAUACAGUUGUUCCCUUUUUCACCUUAGCAAGCUCAAGUUCAUCUUGGCAAGCUGAUUUAGAGAGAAUAAGUGACUUUCUCAUAGUUGGCAAUGAAGAAGGAGAUGUGGAAUUUUUUGGCAAGAACACUGUAGUUGAUGUAAGAUCUGAAGGUCCAAUUAAAGCUUCAUCAUUUUCGCUCAAGUAA